GGACGGCGAGCAAGAUGGCGGCGGCCAGGGCGCUGAGGGCCGCGUUGGCCUCGGACGGGGAGGAAGCGGCCUGGAAGGACGAGGAGGUGUGCGUGGUGGGGAUUUUCGGCAAGACCUCGGAGCUGAGCGCGCAGAAACACGCCAUCAUCAACACCCUGUGCGACAAGCCGGUCUUCCCUUUGUACCCGGGGCUGGCCGCCGGGCAUCAGCAGGGCAACAACUUGCUGCAGUGUUACUACAACCAGGACAGCAAAGUCCUCUACCUGCUCCUCACGGCCGUCUGCGACAACCAGCAGCUGCUGCAGGCCUGCAGGGCCUUGGCCGAUGAUGUUUCCCACGCCGAAGCCCACGAGUUCUGGAAAGGGGAGGAGAAGCUCCACUGCAUCCAUCUGCUGUACCUCUUCUCGGUCUCCCACAUCCUCCUGCUGGUCCACCCCACCUGCUCCUUCGAUAUCACCUACGACCGUCUCUUCAGAGCCCUGGACACCCUCCGGCAAAAGGUGCUGCCCUACCUGAAGAACGCGAUUAAGGAUUGCCCGGUAGGGAAGGAGUGGAGAUUGAACUGUAGACCUUGCCCGCCGAGACUCCUCUUUAUUUUCCAGCUGAAUGGGGCGUUGAAGGUCGAGCCCAAGUGUCUCGACCCCUCAAUUCUGGAUAAGCCCAAGAAGCAUUCCCCUAAAAGGAGGCUGCAGCAUGCCCUGGAGGAUCAGAUCUACAGGAUUUUCAGGAAGAGCAGGGUACUGACAAACCAGAGUAUUAACUGUUUGUUCACUGUCCCUGCUAACCAGGCAUUUGUUUACGUGCUGGCUGGGCAGGCGGACGACCCAAUCAGUAUGCUGAUCGGGCAACUGAAAAACACCUGUGCCAUCAGAGAGCACGAGUCCCUCCCUCUGCCUGGGUCACGGCGCUAUCAGAUGAUGAGACACGUCCGCCAGCCGUCCUUCAUACUGGAAAGCAGCGUCAACAGUUCCAGUGGCCAGCUGGUGGACUGCACCUUGAAAGAGUUUCUGUGGCAACAUGUGGAGCUGGUUUUGACCAAAAAGGGAUUUGAGGAUAGUGUGGGGAGGAAUCCACAGCCGUCACACUUUGAACUUCCAGCCUAUAAAAAUUGGCUGACAGUGGCCUCAAAACUCUAUGAUGUGAUGAUAAGUGGGAAGGAUGAAGACCUUGGUUUUCUUGCCGGGGAUCUUUCCUCCAAGAUACAUGGUCAGCUGAAAGGUCUGGAAGGAUUUUUGGAUGCAGAUAAUAAGUUUUCAGAAAACCGUUGCCAAAAGGCCCUGCCUCUGGCUCACAGUGCCUAUCAGUCCAAUCUGCCUCACCAUUACACCACGACUGUCCACAAGAACCAGUUGGCACAGGCCCUACGUGUCUACAGCCAGCAUGCCCGUGGGCCAGCCUUCCAGAAGUACGCCAUGCAGCUGCAUGAAGAUUGCUACAAGUUCUGGAGUAACGGGCACCAGUUGUGUGAAGAGAGGAGCUUAACGGAUCAACACUGUGUUCACAAAUUUCAUCUACUGCCUAAAUCAGGAGAAAAACCAGAACCUGACAGGAAUCCACCUGUGUUGUAUCACAACAGCCGCGCUCGCUCCACCAGCUCCUGCAACUGUGGCCGCAGGCAAGCCCCUCGAGACGAUCCUUUUGACAUCAAGUCAGGCAAUUACGAUUUCUAUCAGCUUCAAGAGGAGAAAUGCUGUGGGAAGCUUGAGCACUUCUAUUUUCCCGUCUUCCAACCGAGCACUCCUGACCCGGCUCCAGCCAAGAAUGAUUCAAUUGUAUCAUCACUACCCCCGCAAGAGGGCGAAGGAGAGAAAAUGAAAGAAAAAGAGGCCCAGACCCAGGGAGAGAGCACCAGUCUUAGUCUGGCACUCAGUCUUGGACAGUCCACAGACAGUCUGGGUACAUUUCCACCUGACCCCCAUGCAGGGGGAGACAAUCCUGACGCCCACGGCCAGGGAGGGGAAGCUAAACCAGAAAAGAGGCCCAGUCUUGUGGAUCGACAGGUGUCAACAGUGGAAUAUCUACCUGGCAUGUUAAAUUCCAGCUGCCCUAAGGGACUUUUGCCUAAAUUUUCUAGUUGGUCCUUUGUCAAACUGGGGCCUUCUAAAGCUUACAACUUUCACAGGGGCCUGGACCAGAGUGGCUUCAUUCCCGGGACUAACUACCUGAUGCCUUGGGACAUAGUUAUCAAGACCAGGUCUGAGGACGAAGUAGACAUGGACAGUAAUUCCUGGCCCGCCCCCAACAAAUCCGUGCCGACCAAACGGGCUGGCACCGUGAUCGGCCGAGGGAGGCGGCGGGAUGACAUUGCGCGGGCGUUCGUUGGUUUUGAAUAUGAGGAUUCGCGGGGUCGCAGGUUCAUGUGCUCAGGGCCAGAAAAGAUCAUGAAGGUAAUGGGGAGUGGGCCAAAAGAGUCUGCCAUCAAAGCCCUCUCCUCUGACAUGCCCUUGUACAUCCUGUCUCCGUCCCAAGGCCGGGGCCUUAAGCCGCACUACGCCCAGCUCACAAGGCUGUUUAUUGUGGCUCCUGAUGCCCCGUUACAGAUCGUACUCAUGCCACAGGUUCAGCCUGGACCCCCGCCCUGCCCUGUCUUUUACCCCGAGAAGCAGGAAAUACCUGUACCACCGGAUGGACUCUGGGUGCUUCGUUUCCCCUAUGCCUAUGUUACAGACCGUGGACCCUGCUUCCCCCCAAAAGAAAACCAACCACUGAUGAGUUACCGGGUUCUACGGGGGGUCCUUAAGGCUAUCCCACAGUGAUGAUGCUUUCCUAACUACGCAAUGUUCUUUUUCUCUUUGAGAAGAAAAAUCCUCUUUCCCCUCACCUCCAUCUUUAAAGCCAGAAAGAGGUGGGAAGGAUCGAAUGUCAGAUUGACCCAAACCAAAAUUUAGGGUUGAACCGGAAGUCCUUGUGAUGUGAAUCGUCUCCUUGCUCUAACAGGCUAGGAGUGCCGAGAGAAUCGGUUAGCAAAAAGCAGAUUUACCUUUUCUGACUGAAAGGAUUAAGGACUCCAACAGACUCCAAGCCCAGAGGCACUUCCCAUUACAAUAUUCCUCAUACUCUUUGACUGUGCACACCCUGGUAAAAUGUGAUGCAAUCGAUUUCAUACAAACUUCCCCACAAAUUGCAUGAGGGAAAAUCCACACUUUGCUUUUCCAGUAAUGUGCUGCCUUUCUGUCAUGUGAUAUAAAAUCAUGUGAACCUUCGGGAGCCCCAUUGUGACAGUCAGUGGUUGGUGAUGCAGCGAUUGGGUUGGUGUCAAGUACAAACUCACAAGAGAUACCUCAAUGAUUUAAAAGAAGGCUCAUGGUUUUAAUUAAGGGUUCAAAUGCCUACACACCAGUACUACUACUGAGUAACAUUAUCCAAACCCUCAGCUGCAUUGUAAACUCCAGUGACAGCUGCCCUUCAUCUUUUAGAUUCUUGGUAGCCUUUACCUGGGUAGGUAAGUCUAUUGUGGUGUUGUGAGUUAUGAAAAGCAGUUUUGUCAGCUCACAGCCUCCUGCAGUCUGGCCUGGUGUACUCUAACUGGAUAAGUAGUGAUGUGUAGGAAAGGGUUAACUGUUGUCAUGGCUUUGUAUUAAGUUUGGACCUGAGCCCAAGCAGAUAUUAGCUCAGAUUGGUAAACAGCAUUUAGUGGUAGCUGUUAGUUACAUAGUCCAGCAGGAGUUUUGUGUAUCUUCACUUUCAGCUGUUGCUGGUUGAGUCUAAUGCAGUGUUGAGAGUUCUUUCUUGUAAAAAUAAAGUGAUUGAGCUGUCUUGAUGGGCUGAUAGAUAAUGGUGCAGUCCAGUAUAGUGCCAAAUUAGACAGAGCAAGAGGUCCCAGGUUUAACCAUCCUGGUCUCUGCUAAGUUGAUACAAUUCAGCAAAAUGCCCACUGCCCUCCUGAGUGAGGCAAGUGUGGGAGGGGAGGUGAUAGGCAGAGUUCCUGUUUUUGACUGGUGUCUGGCAACUGUACUGGAAAAUUCCCUUCUGCAGGCAUUGAGAAUAGGAUUGGGCUUGAUUGUGGUACUCCCCAGGGAUGAAUAGCCUCACUGUCUGGCCUGACACAAGAAGAGUGACUACUUGAGCAAGCCCCAAGAGCAAUUCUGUAGGUGGAGCAGUAUCCUAGCACAAGGCAGCAGGUUGGGAAAGGAAGGGAUAAAAUUGGGAGAGGGGAAUGGAGUUGGAAUUAGUCCCAGCAGGGGACUGAAUACAAAAUUUUAAUUAAAUAUUGUCUUUUUCUUUCAAUUGUAUGUUUUCCUAAAAUAUAAUGCUUUCUCCUCCAUGAACAGUUGCUUGAAAUCUGAGUAUCUCAGGGCAGAUUUCCUCAGGUUGACGGUUACUGCUUCAACAGCAAAGCUGAGCCCAGUAGAGCUCUGACAGGUAAUAGCUGCAGAGCAACAACUCAAAAUGUUUGAACUGGGAUUUUUGAUUUGUGAAAUUAACUGGAGCCUGUGUCAGACAGGAAAUGUUGAGGUGCUUGCUUCAGUCACAACCGAAUCGAUAACGGGUGACGCUAAUUUGUUUUUACUAACGGCUGCCAUGAGUCGCAGUGAUGGCCUUCUCUAGGCAAGUGGAUGCAAGUUGGUUGUAGAAAAAGUGUCCCUAAUUUAACAAGCCCUACUUUGGUGGGCUAGCGCUUGAAAUGAUAAAAAAUGGCCAAUCUGGGAUUGUAGUGAUCAUGAUAUUCCACUCACCGACGACCACCCCCCCCCCCCCCGCCCAAGGAGUGUGGAGCUAGUGUCUUACACUCAAGUUUGUCAGUGAUAUUUUGUGAUGUGGUUCAUCUUUUAUCUCUCAAAGGACCUUUGCUGUCUUAUAUCUUGGAGUGAGUUUCACCCUUGAGAUUAUGGUGGGGAGUUCAGUCUAGUAAUUUGCUUUUGAGGCCAAAAGAGAAGGUCUGAAUUUGGAAGCAGUUACAUGGAAGGAGGUUAGUCUGUUGGGGGGUGCAGGCGGUGUUGCGAGGAAGUUUGGUGUUGAGGUUGAUGGGAGUGUUGAGCACUGUCUGAGAUCAUUUUAGAUGUGCAAAGUUCUUGGUGUUAAAAAUUUAAUGUUAACACAACCUCCUAAUGGAUGUAAGGUGCACCUCAUGGCUUAAGGUACCAAUUCUCACUUUACAAAUCCCAAAUUAAAAUAUAAUUGCAAAAA